AUGCAAUUUGAUUUUUUGAACGAUAAAUUGCAUUUUCAACGCCGAAAUUUCGUAAAAAUUUUUGCUGCAUUACGAUGGGUACCAAUUAUCUCAAUAUUUGGAGCUCAUAUCGCUGAGCGAAAACGUCUUAUGGAUUUGAAUAAAGAAGGCUAUGUGCAAGUGGCGCUACGAGUAGAUGAUGUACAGCGUUGGUGGGAUGGUGAAAAGGGAAAAAAUGAGUUUCUCGGACUUCAUGUUCAAGCACUUUAUAAAAAUGAGAAUCUUGCAGUGCAUCCACAACCCGACUUAAAGUCCCAAGACUAUAUUUUUCAAUGGAAAUCUGGUAGACUGUUUAAAAGAUCCCUUAAUCGACUUGAUUUGGGAAAAGAUAUUCCAGAGCACAGAUUUCAGAUCAGAUUUUCAGAUAUUCAGAGCACAGAUUUCAUCCAAAAGAAGAAAAGGCCUUUUUCAAAAAUAAAACAACCAAAUGGUUAUUUAAAAAAAAAACAGUUUUUUAAAAUAUAUUUGGAAAAAAAUCUUUCAAUUUCAUUAAAUGAUCGAUGUUGCAAUAUUGCUCUUUUCAAGGAAUUUCGUCGUACCAUGAAUAUAUCGAAUAAACCGUUAAAACAUUUUGGUUUUCUAUCAAUCACAACUACCGAUAAUACUGUAGAACAACAACUAAAAUCGAACAUUAUCAAUCAUGAAAAUUUGAUGCAUCUGGAAUUGACUACUUUUGAUGAGUAUUCGCGUAAAAAACGAAGUUAUCAAGAAGUAUGCACACGAGAAAUGAAUGAACCUUCAUGCUGCUUAUACAGUUUAGUGGUGGAUUUCGAUCAAGCUGGUUGGGAUUUCGUUAUCGCACCAAAGGUUUACGAUGCUCAUAUGUGCAGUGGUGAAUGUCGAUUACAUUAUAAAGCGACGUUAUAA